AUGCUUAAUAAACUCUUUAUCAGCAAGUCUUGUUAUAAUCUCAACUCAAUUCGAUUAUUUACAACUGCCUCUAAAGAACCAUGGUUGCCAAAGAAAAGAGUAUCUAGAGAAACAAUGGAAAAGAUUCGUUCAUUAGCGAGAUUUCAACCUGAAAUCUAUACUGUUAAACAAAUAUCUACAGAGUUUAAAUUAUCUUUUGAGGCUGUAAAACGUAUUUUAAAAUCAAGAUACAAUCCAACACAAGUUGUAGCUGAACGUCAAGAAAGAAAUAGAUAUAAAGCCAUGGGUGAACGCAUGGAAAAUUUUAAAAAGACUACUACUAGUAGUAACAAAAAAGAAUAA